AUGUCCGCCUUCGUCCCCGUCACCGCCUUCAAGGGCGCCUCCCUCACCUCGUCAAACUCGGCCGUCUGCGGCACCAAAGUCAAGUACUCUGCGCCCGCGCGUCGCUCCUCGCUCGUCAUGAAGCAAGACGCCUGGGUCCCGCUGCUCGACACCUCGGAGAUCUCGCCCGGCGAGCUCAAGGGCGUCGUCACCGCGGGUCAGCAGAUCCUCGUCUCGUGCGAUUAUGACGGUCAGGUGUACGCCUCGGCCAACAUCUGCCCUCAUCUCGGCACCCCGCUCACCGACGGAAGCGUCGGCGACGGCGUCCUCACCUGCACCCAACACAAGAGCUCCUGGGAUCUCAGCACGGGCGAACUGGCCGGCGACUGGUGCCCCUUCCCACCCCUGAUCGGACCGGUUCUCGGUAAAUUGCAGGGGCCCCGCCCGUUGACCAUCUACCCGGUCCGCGAGAACGCCGGACGUAUCGAGGCUUUGCUUGAUGUCGAUGCUAAGGCCGACUACGAAAAGGAGUACUGGCAGGGUAUUUUGGAUGCUACGGGCAAGGCAACUGGUGCGUAUCACUAGACCGCACCUCCGCGUCUUGUGUCUACCGUGCUGUGGCCAUGGAAAUGGAUCAAGCGAGCAUGCGCGAGUCCUGUACCCCAACUUCUGUUGUGUAUCUGCUAGCAAUUAAUACUUCGUUACGAUGGUAAACUCGAAAGACAAAGAUACC